AUGGGACAAGGAGCAUGGAGGGACUUGGCACAUGGAAGCAGCUCAACUGGAUACGCAAAGGAAGAAGGGAGAAGCCAUCUUGAAGACCAGCUCGACCGUCCACUCGACCAACCGGUCGAGUUCCUCAACUCGACCGGCCAAGCUUCAACUCGAUCGAGCUGGAAGUCAAAGUCAAACCCGAAAAAUAUUGAUGGAUCAUGGAAAGCUACAGAUCCCCAAGCCGGUCUAGGUUGGUAUAAUUUCAAUACGGAAACGGGCGAAAAGCUCAUAGGUACGUGUAACUUAAGGCGGGGUAUAUCACCACUCCAAGCAGAGCUUGAAGCGCUGAUAUGGGCUAUGCAGUGCAUGUUACGGCAUAAGAAGUUAACAAUAGUGUUUCAAACGGACUGUUCCGAUGUGGUAAAGAUGGUGUCUAAACCCGAGGAGUGGCCAGCUUUUGCAACAUUACUAGAAGAAUUCUGCAGAUGUUGGACGGAGUUCACCUCCUUCUCCAUAGUGCAUAUUCCAAGAACGAAGAACACGAAGGCGGACAAGUUAUCACGAAGUGCUAGAGUUCUACCUACAGAUGUGUUUUAUGUAAACUCUGUUUCUCCGGCUUGGAUUUCCGAGUUGGUUUAG